ACAGCCGCAGGCAGCCCAGGUCACAGCAGCUCCAGGGGUGUCACCAGGUCCUCUGUCUCCUCACAGCUUGAACCCACAGUCCCUGGUCCCAGCAAGGGGACAUCUCUAUGGACGCCCAUGGGAGCAGCGUCACGGUGAGGGAGUGAAGCCACGGGACCAGGAGAACCUGUCCUGUGGUGAGGUCACCGACGUCAGCGUGACGUCGGAAAGAGGAAGGAGGACGGUUUCGCUAAAGGAAAGCAGCCAUCUGCAGCAGGACGGUCACCUGGUACCCCGGGUGGCGCUCACUGGUGUCCCCAGCCUGUGGAGGGGAUGGAAUGCUCUGAGGUGCCAGCCCACAGCAGGGACCCCGUCUACAACCUCUGGGACAUGGCUGGAGCACAUGACCUGCAUCCUCAACAGGACGUCAGCACCACGUGACAUCGUGCCAUCACCACCUGUGUCACCGCAACCGGCACUGUCACAGCCUCCCAGGCAAAGGGGUGUGAGUCCUCAGGUGGUGGGGGAGCACUGAGGUCACCAAGGACUUGAGGGGACAAUGAGCACAUUGGUGGCAGGGGAACCCCUGGAAUGUCCUCGUAGGAAGCUGCCUCGAAGCCAAAAGCUGUUGCAAGGUGGGAUGAACCCUCGCUAGAAGCUGACCAGGUUCGGAGGUGAGGGUCAUCUCUGCCAUGUGCCACCUGGAUCUCACACGGGAUGGCAGCUCCAAGCCCCAGGUACUUGGAGGCCGAGUGCAGUUCUGGGGCAGAGAGCUGCUUCAUGAGCAUCACCUCAAGGCGUCGUGUAACUCCGCUUGGGAUUUGGGAGGGACCUCGACAUGUUCCUAGCAGGACCCUUCCUCAUGGGCCAUCGCUCCAGCACAAAGUACCUUGUGGACUUUUCAACCCCGGGGAGCAGUUUGGGGAGGUCAGCAAUUCAAGCUGCGUGUCCUGGGUUUAGUGCAAGUCAAAGGGAGGCCAUGGGCGGCUGCAAACCAACCACCCACUCGUGUCCUGCCAAGGGAAAACCCGUUCCAGUGAAGAAGGAAGCUGCAUGGCAAGGCAGAAAGCAGAAGCCAGGUCUGCAACCUGUGACUGUUUCCAAAUGAAGCUGGUGUCAGCUGGGCUUGUGUCUCAAAUGUCACCUCCCACUGUGGAAAGCAUCAGCCCACCUGGUUCCUGAAGGUCCUCACAGCAGCAAGGUUGCACUUUUGGUUUUCUACUCACAGAAAGGAAAGAUUCAGAAAAAAAAGCCACCUUGUGACAAGCAUGUGCCAGCCACGGAAAUGUCACCCCACCCCAGCCCCUGUCCAAGCAGGCACCGUUUCCCCAGCUGUGUCAUUUCUACCAGCUGUAAUCUGGUCCCUGCGAUGAAACGGGCACUUCUGCAGCUGGAACCCGUGCCCGGCGCUGGCUCAGGGCCGUGCACACACCGGUUUGCACCAGGCAGACUCCCCUCGGGGCUGUCUGUGCGACAGCCGGGGGACUUCAGGCUCAUUUUCUUGGCCUGGAGAGGCAAACUGCUGUGAAAGCUGGUUGUGCUGUUCUCAAGAGCCUGUACACAUCAAGGCAUUAGUCCUGGUCCAGAAAGCCCAGCAACAGACAAGGCAAAGUCCUCCAGCUGUCCCCCGUGUACUUCAGGGUGCUGAAGGCACCAGAAAACCCAAUGCCCACUCCAGACUGGGGUUUGCAGCUCUGACAAGCUAAAGAUAGCCCCAUGCUGAGUCAGAUCCUGCUCCCACUACGUUUUCUAAUGGGCCCGUUUAGUUUUGGGGCUGUUUCUUGAGUCAGCGUGGGCAGGGCAGCCCUUGCAUUGCAGCCCAGCACCUUCCUGUGGCAGAGAGGUGGCUUUAACCCCGUUGCUUUGAAAUGGUUUUGUGGGCUGAAGGGUGGGAGUGUUUCCACACGUCCCCUUCUGCUCACCCUCUUUCUCUGCAGUUACAAAACCUAUUGAGCAGCUGCUGGUGCCCUGACUGAGGCGAGGGGUCAGUAAAAGGGUUUGUCAAUAGGAAAAUGGGCUGAAGCUGUGAAGUUGGUGUCUCUAGGCAGGACUUCCCCAAAUUCAAUCAGCUUCACAGAGUCACAGAAUGACUGGGGUUGGAAGGGACCUCUGGAGAUAAUCUAGUACAACCCACCUGCUAAAACAGGUUCACCACAGCAGAUCACACAGGAAUGUGUCCAGGUAGGUUUUGAACGUCUCCAGAGAAGGAGACUCCACAGCCUCCCUGGGCUUCAGCCCCAGUGCAGCCUUUGGCUGGGUCAUCUCCUGGCUGGUGAGACCAGUGUCCACACCUUGAUUGAUUCCUAUACAUGUAUAUAUACAUCUGGAGUCUUGGUUAUUGCAGAGUCCUGGCUGUCCUACAGAGAAAGAGGGGGCCGAAAGCUGAGACUUUCAUUCCUUCUGGGUCAAAAUAUGGGCUUUUUUUAAUCAAAGAAAAUAAGAAAAAAGCCAAAAAAUUAACAUAAGUCCCUUCUCUCCCUUACUGAUGUGCCAGGCACAGGAUGAGCUGUGGAUCCGUGUUCGCAUCUGAUGCCUCUCCUGAAGAUGCUGAAGGUGGAGACCACCACAGCUCUGCAGUGUGCAGCAUUUCUAGGCCUUGCAGGGACACAAAUGGUUCUGGGGCACCCAAACGCUCAGGGGGGUGACGUGCCCCAUGUCCCCCACCUCCCCAUGGCGCAGAGCCACCCUGUUCUGCAGCGGGUCAUCUCCUCAGCAUUUCCCAGGGGCUGUUUUGGGGAUGGGGGCAGCUAAUAACAGCUGGAGCCCCCCUCUACCUCCCUAUCCCACCCUCCCCCUCGGCUCUAACCCGCUGUGAAUGGCACCGAAACCGCCUUUGUUCCCCUCCCCCGGGGGGCAGGACCGCGCUGCCCGCGGCUACAAAAGGGGAAGGCGGCGCCGAGCGGAUCCGGUCCGGCCCCGGCCCCAUCCUUGGUGUCAGCACCAGUCCUGUCCCGGCCCCGGCCCCGGUGCUGGCUCCCGGCUCCAUCCCCAGUGUCAGCCCCGGUCCUGACUCCCGGUCCCGGCUCCAUCCCCGGUCCCAUCCCCGGUGUCAGCUGCAGCUCUCCCAGCCCCGGUCCCGGUAUCCUCCCUGGUCCAGGUCCCAGCGUCAUCUCCAUCCCUGGUCCCAGUCCUGCUCUGGUCCCCAGUCCUGCCUGGUCCCAUCCACAGUCCCAGCCCUACCCCCGAUCCCGGUCCCAAGCAAUCCCAGCUCCAUUGUUAGCCCCUGUCCUGGUGCCAUCCCCAGCCAUGGGCUCCUUCCCUGCCGCCGCUGUGCUGCUCUGCCAGCUGGGGCUCUCUGCAGCCAUCCAGUGGCUCGGGCUGACGGAGAGUGGCAGCGGGGUGGCCUGGAACGAAAGCCACCACUGCCGGCUACUCGCCGGACUGGUACCCGACCAGUUCCAGAUGUGCCGGAGGAACCUGGAGGUGAUGCCCAGCAUUGUCCGGGCCGCCCGCCAGACCAAGAGCGUCUGCCAGAAGAGCUUCGCAGACAUGAGGUGGAACUGCUCCUCCAUCCAACGUGCCCCCAGCUUUGGCCCUGACCUGCUGAAAGGAACCCGGGAAUCCGCCUUUGCCUACGCCCUGGCCGCCGCCGCCGUGCCGCACUCCAUCGCCCGAGCCUGCGCCUCGGGAGAGCUCCCGCUCUGCUCCUGCGGCCCCGGCCCCUCCGAGCUCCCCGGCCCGGGCUUCAGAUGGGGCGGCUGCGGGGACAACCUGCCCUACGGCCUCCAGCUUGGUGCCGCUUUUGCUGACAGUCCUUCAAAAUCCAGCAAGAUGGGGACACAAGCGCUCAGGGCCAUGAACCUGCACAACAAUGCAGUGGGUCGGCAGGUGCUGAGCGACUCCCUGGACACCAAGUGUAAAUGUCACGGCGUUUCAGGCUCCUGCUCAGUGAAGACCUGUUGGAAGGGGCUGCCCAGCCUGGAGGAAAUCGCCUCUGAGCUCAAGUCCAAGUACCUGGCAGCCGUCAAGGUGACCCACCGGCUCGUGGGGCCCAGGAAGCAGCUGGUGCCCAAAGAGACGGACGUCAGGCCAGUGACGGACACAGAUCUGGUUUAUCUCAUCAGCUCUCCCGACUACUGCACGCCAGAUGUUCACCUGGGGUCUCUGGGCACACAGGACAGGCAAUGCAACAAGACCUCCAUGGGCAGCGACAGCUGCAACCUGAUGUGCUGCGGCCGUGGCUACAACACCUACACGGAGGAGGUGGUGGAGAGAUGUCACUGCAAGUACCACUGGUGCUGCUAUGUGGUGUGCAAGAAGUGUCGGCGGAAGGUGGAGAGAUACGUCUGUAAAUAACGCCGGAGGCUCCGGGCAGGCGGGAGGGCUCUUGCACCGGGCAUGGCUGGAGAUCCAGCGCCAACUGCAAGGGAUGCCGUGAGCUACGGCAACACGGUGCGGUGUGGGGAGCCUGGACUCUCGCAUUGCCACGGAAAACCUCAAACUGAGACACGUGGGGAAGCCCAAGGCCCAGACCUCGGCUCCAUCGCUCCGGAGCAAGACAAAGGGCCGCCCUCCCACGGCCGGUGGGGAGAGACCAGCCCUCGGUCUCCAGCUGGUGACAAGCCAUUGAUCCCUCACACACACAGGCCCUUUUCUCUGGGGGUGAAUGGGGACCCUGGGCUGAUAUUGUCCCUCUGCAGGAGGUUUCUGACAGUGGCCUGAAAGCCGGGAGUGAUGGAUGGGAUGAGGGGGCAGAGAGUUGCCCGUUGGGAGAAGAAAAUUUCUUUGGGUGAGGGGGCCAUGGGCGGCUGCUUUAGGGGAAGGUUUCUGCUGUGGGCUCACCCAGCACCACCAUGUUCCUCCUCAGGGGCAAAUACUGGUCCAGGGCCAUUGGCAGCACCUGAAAUGAAGACCAAGAGCUCAUCAAUCCUCCCCACGACCCACAUGGAGGUUGUUGCUGCUCUCACGGUAAUGAGCCUUUGCCUGUGACGGAUGAUGGCAGACAGACAGACAGACGUAGGGACAGCAGCAGUCCCUGGGGCUGCCCAAGAUGGGCAGCGUGGCAAAGCUGUGCUCAUCUUUUAGACCACAAAGGUCUCCAGCCUGCUCCUUCCACCCCCUUGACAUCAGCCAUGCUGGCACUCUGGCCUGGAGAGAGGACACAGCUCCAGGGCCCUUGGGAAAUGAGAUCUUUAACCGCUGUACUUAACGAAAGUGGGACUCCAGUGUGCGUUCUUUAAAUAAAUGUAUUAUACCAUAUCUCUCUGUGAUGUGU